AUGUCCAACGACGCAGUCGAGAAAGAGACUGAACAAGUCCACGAAUGGCUUCGCCAACACGGCGUCUCAGAUGAUCUUCAUGAAUUUUCAGGGGAUCCAGUGAGCAAACUCCAAGUGUGGGACCUGCAAGUUGAAGUCCCGGUGGACUUUAUCUGGAUCGGGCUGCGCGGAUCAAUUGAUUUGGCAGUUGCGAAUUGUUGUAUAGACAUCACCGUUGGCAUACGUGGAUGGCCAAACGGAAGCGGAGGACAAAUUGGGACUAUAUCUGGGAAUCUUCUCCCUGGGAUCACUUUGGCUGUCGGUUACGAUGUUGCUUCGAUGCAAGGAACCAUCAGAACGUAUCUUGCGGAGGGACCUAAUCCGAAAUGGCUGGAACUUGAUGUGGACCUUCAUGUAUUCAACCGCGCAGUCAAAGAGAAAGGCGUCCAGGUGAUCAGGGUCCCGUACGUCAGAACCUCGUUUGUAGACUUCCUGAAUAUGGUUUCUAAUACAUUUGAUACCCAAAGACUGCACAGAGACUGA